AUGUGGGUGUUUGGUUAUGGUUCACUGAUAUGGAAAGCAGAUUUUCCAUACGAAGAAAUUCUCAUUGGUCACAUCAAAGGAUAUAUCAGAAGAUUUUACCAGAAAAGUAUAGAUCACAGAGGGAUACCUAGCAGACCUGGUCGUGUUGUAACAUUGCUUAAUUCUGAUAAUUCCAAUGACCAAGUGUGGGGUGUUGCUUAUAGAAUAUCACCUCAAAAUAUAGAUAAAGUUGUAAGACACUUGGAUUACAGGGAAAAAGGAGGUUAUGAAAGAAAAAGCGUUCUCUUUUAUCCAUCUUAUUCAAUUAAAGAUACUGCAUCAUAUUUCUUAACAAAUAACACUUUUUCAAGCGAAGUUAAAAAUGAAAAAUUGUUGUCGUCAGUUUCAGAAAACACACCAUUUUAUAUUACAAUUUACAUAGGUGGAGAAGACAAUCCAAAUUACGCAGGUAUAGAAGAUAUCUAUACAAUAGCAAAACAGAUAUCAGUGUCUCAUGGUCCUAGUGGAGCAAACACAGAAUAUCUGUACAAUUUGGCAUCUGCGAUGCGAGUAAUAGCACCAGGUAUAAAUGAUGAACAUUUAUAUACACUUGAGACAAUUGUGAAGAUGUUGGAGCAAGAAAAAAAUGUGAAAAUAAAAGUAGAUAAAAACUUGGAUAAAUGUGAUGAUGAGAAUGGAUAG